AUGCCGCGAUACUAUAGUCUUUCUGAUGGAGCUCAAUUGUUCUACGGGUACCUGACUCCCGCAACCAAACCUCCUGCAUUCAGCCCAAGAAAAGGAUCCAAAACGUCCCAGAGACUUACCCUUGUUUUUCUUCAUCAAUGGCCAUUAUCAUCUCGAAUGUAUGACCCAUUGCUCUUGACCCUUUGCGAAACAUAUAGGUUUAGAUGUAUUGCACUUGAUCGACGUGGUCAUGGUCAAAGUGACUGGAGUGGUCCUGACAAGAGUGGAGACAUUGAUUAUAAUGUUCUGUCUCGAGACGUUGUCGGUCUGUUAGAACAUGUCAAUCCAGGGCCGUUUAUCUUUGUCGCCGCAAGCAUGGGUACUGGAGAGACUCUAUUGGCUCAUACCAAUAGCGAUUAUGUGAGAAAAUAUUGUAAGGUGUCGUCGCCCGAAGCCCCCACAGCUACGCCUAGAGAGGUAUGGGAUAUGAUCCUAGACUCACUGAGGUAUAAUCGCUCCCAGUUUGUGUCGGAAAACUUCAAAGGGCCACUUGGGGUUGGAUCAUCAAACACCGUUUCUGAUAAAGACAUUGAGUUGUUUGAGCGUAUCUUCGAUGCUGCCGACGCUCUAGCGGUGGAGAGGUGUGCGCAAAUGUUCACUUCAGAAGACUUCACACAGAGACUGGCGGAGUUUGGUCGAGACAAAAAUGUGCCAUUGCUUCUUAUACAUGGCGGUAUUGAUGAUGGAGUCCCUCUUGCUGCGAGCGCGGAGCGAGUUCAGCAAUUGGUUCCGGGAAGCCGACUUAUUGUAUAUGAAGAUGGUGGACAUGUUCUAGUUUUGAGCCACAUCAAAAAGCUAUUGACCGACAUUAUUGAUUUUGCUGCUUUGUGUAGCACGUAG